GCUCUUGAGCCUCCCCAAACGAUUUCCCUGCAAAAAUGAAGUCUUCAACUCGGCUUGACUCAGCUCUGUUCCAACUCACUCCCACUCGGACCAGGUAUGAUCUGGUUAUAUCUGCAAAUGGAAAGACGGAAAAAAUAGCUUCUGGUUUGUUGAAUCCGUUUCUUUCCCACUUGAAGACUGCGCAAGAACAGAUGGCCAAGGGUGGCUAUUCAAUCAUUCUUGAGCCGGAGUCUGGCAGUGAUGCAACAUGGUUCACAAAGAGUACAGUGGAAAGGUUUGUUCGCUUUGUGAGCACCCCAGAGGUCUUGGAACGGGUUUACACUUUAGAGUCUGAGAUUUUACAGAUUGAAGAGGCAAUUGCGAUUCAAGGAAAUCAUGAUAUGGGACUUAAUCCUGUAGAGGAAAAUCAUGGAAAACCUGUAGACAGCAUUGAAGGAAACAGGCCUAUGCUAGAUAGUAAUGAAGAGAAAGCAAUUGUCCUUUACCAGCCCGAUGCCAGUCAACCUGAAGCAAAUGGAUCCACUGCACAAGGGGAGAAUUCAAAAGUUCAGCUUUUAAAAGUCCUGGAGACACGCAAAACUAUGCUGCAAAAAGAGCAGGGUAUGGCUUUUGCACGUGCUGUAGCAGCAGGUUUUGACAUUGAUCACUUGCCACCAUUGAUAUCAUUUGCUGAAUGCUUUGGGGCAUCACGCUUAAUGGAUGCUUGUAGAAGAUAUAAGGAACUAUGGAAAAGAAAGCAUGAAACUGGCCAAUGGCUUGAAAUUGAAGCAGCCGAAGCAAUGGCUACCAGAUCAGAAUUCUCUGCCAUGAAUGCAUCAGGCAUAAUGCUUUCAAGUGUGACGAACAAACAAAAUGAGGUUGCUUGGGAAAAUAAUGGAAAAUCAACUUCAGAAGAAAAGCUUCCCGCGGAUCAUCAACAACCAUUAAGCCACCAAGAAUAUUUUCCCGGCCAGUUUCCCCAUCAAAUGUUCCCUCCUUGGCCUGUUCAUUCUUCUCCAGGUGCAUUACCAGUCUAUCCACCAUAUCCCAUGCAAGGAAUGCCUUACUAUCAGAAUUACCCCGGAAAUAGCCCCUUUUUUCAGCCACCUUAUCCAACAGUAGAGGAUCCUAGACUCAAUCAAGGUCAAAGAAUGAAACAGAAAAGGCACUCCAUGGAUAGUGCUAAUGGCAAUCUUGAAUCAGAAACAUUGGAGACGGAUGGUUUGAGAACAAGAUCCUCAGAUGAUGCGGAAUUGGAGAAUGAAUCUUUGAAAAGUCGAGAAUCACGAAAGAAGGGUAGCCGCUCAGGUAAAAAGCAAUCAGGCACAGUUGUCAUUCGGAAUAUUAAUUACAUCACCUCAAAGGGGAAGAACUCUUCAGAUAGUGAAUCUCAAUCAACUAGUGACUCUCAAACUGAUGAGGAGGGCGGAAGUUUUCAGGAUGGCAUUCCAGAUAUGAAGGUUGUUUCCUCUCAUAAAUCCUCAAAAAGAAAAGGAAAUCAUAAACAAUCUAUAGAUAGAUUUAAUUCAUCUGAGAAGGAAGAAAUGGUUUCUAUGAAGGAGGGGGAUGAAGGGAACUGGCAGGCAUUUCAAAAUUUCUUACUUCGAGAUCCUGAUGAAGACAGACGUGAUCUUGACCAAGGCAUGUUUUCUAUGGAAAAGAAGGGUCAACUGAAAAGGCGACAAAAUACCCUAGGGGAUGAUCCUUUGGUUUCCGGUGGUCUACAGAGGGGUGAAAUUCAAGAAGGAAGUACAACAGAUAUCAAUAAAUAUAGUGGAAAUGUUACCCGUUUGCAAAAGUCAUCAAAUGAUGCAUUGUUGAUCUCUGCAAGAGAGGACCAGUUGGGUCACAGUAGGAGCAUAGAUGGUCAAAUGGAUUUACGGUCUACUGAAAUAGAUGGCAGAAGGGGUGGCUAUAGGAGGAACGCCAAUGAUGAUUUUAUGAUUCAUAGACGUGAUAGCCAGUCAGGUUUUACAACUUCUCCGUCUGAUCCGCUUGCUGUAAAUGGAUUUGAUCGUGCAACUUACAGUAUGGAUAGGAGGUCAUCGAACAACAUGGAUGAUGAUUCCUACAUUGUUCCAUUCAGGUCAAUUUCACUAGAUCAUGUUGAAAACAAUGACAGAAAUGCUAUUGACAUGGGGUCUGAGUUCCCAUCAGCAGUUCAGAAGGCGGAAAACAUGGCCCAAGUUAAUUAUGAGCCAGAUGAAUUGACUUUAAUGCCUGAGCGUGGUGCUGAAAAGGGUUCAAUAGGCUAUGACCCUGCUUUGGAUUAUGAAAUGCAGGUUCAUGCAAAAGCGGGUGCUUCUCUGGAUAAGAAACAGAAGGAAGUGGUGAGUGACAACAAGCAAGGGUCUAAGAAGGCUGACAAGGACAGGAAAUCAAAACUUGUUUCAGAUACUUCCGAUAGGAAGAUAGGGGGGCCAAUAAGGAAAGGAAAGACCUCAAAGUUGAGUCCUUUGGAUGAAGCGCGGGCACGUGCUGAGAAACUAAGAAGCUUUAAAGCCGAUCUUCAGAAAAUGAAGAAAGAGAAGGAAGAAGAAGAGAUGAAACGACUGGAAGCUUUAAAGAUACAGAGGCAAAAGAGGAUUGCUGCUAGAGGUGGUGGCAUCCCUGCUCAGUCACCAUUGCCCUCACAGCAAAAUAGGAAACAAGGGCUGACAAAGCUAUCUCCAAGCACUCACAAAGGAUCAAAGUUUAGUGAUUCAGAUCCAGGGUCAUCAUCUCCUUUACAAAGGGUCCCCAUCAAAACGCCGUCUAUGGGCUCCGCUGAUUCUCACAAAACCUCAAAAUCCAGCAAACUGAAUUCCGGAAUCCACUCGGCUGGAAACAGGUUAAGCCGGUCAGCAUCUUCAUUGCCUGAAAAGAAAGACAAUGUUGGUGUUACAAGUGAUGCUAAGCCAUCCAUGGCACGGAUUAGAAGAUUAUCAGAGCCUAAGGUGACUAACAGCCAUCAUGUUUCUUCAGUGAAGCCACGGAGCACUGUAACUGUAUCAAAGCCGAAAGUAUCUGAUGGGCCUGAGAGCAAGAAAAUAUCUGCUAUCGUGAACUAUGACAAAAGCAAGGCUGCUACUCUCCCAGAAUUGAAAAUCAGGACAUCCAAGGGACCUGAUGUUGCCCAGAGCACAUCAACAACAAGGGGAACGACACAGAAGGAUAAUUCUUUGAAGUCUACCCCUGAAGGUGCCCAACUGAAGAGGAAUGAUGAUAAAAUUUCACAUCAUAAUGAUGGGGAUGACAACACAGUAAUUGAGAAAACUGUUGUGAUGCUUGAGAAACCUUCCAUUCCUAUUGUACAUGCAUCUGAAGAAAAUUUGCGGGACGAAAAGGGACAUAAUAUUAGGGAGAAAACAGAGUUGGUGUCAGAAUACGCUGCUAUUCGGGCACCAGUUUAUCCACCGACAAUUGCUACAAUCGAUAGAGAACCCACUAAUGACUUAUUAAAGCAGCAAGUUCAAUCUCAUGAGGCCGCUAGGAGUAAUAUGGAGAAGGAACCAGAGAUUUUUUCAAGCAAUAGUACUGUUGAGAAACCGUAUCAAGCCCCUUAUGUGCGGGUUUCUUCUCUGGAAGAUCCAUGUUCUCAUAAUUCUGAGUAUGGAAAAGCACCCCCGACAAGUUUAGAGACUGGGGCUACAGGCGCAUUGACCAUGAAAGCUCUUGUUUCUGAGUCUAGUAACUUGAAACUGGAAAAGAUUCCAGAAGCAAUUGAAAGGCCUCAGGUAAAGGAAUCAUCAAAAGGGUUUAGACGGCUGUUAAAGUUUGGGAGAAAGAACCAUGGCUCUUCAUCGGGCGAACGCAAUGUUGAAUCAGAUAAUGUCAGCACGAAUGGUUCUGAGGUAGAUGAUAAUGGGACAAACACUGUUUCUUCUAGUGAAGUCUUUACAUUAAAGAAUCUGAUCUCACAAGAUGAAACUCCUAAUUCCAGUGCUACACUGAAGUCUUCUCGCCAUUUCUCCUUGUUGUCACCGUUCCGAAGCAAGACUAGUGAAAAGAAGCUGGCAACAUCAUGAUGUGAACGCUUACAAAAUCAAAGAUGAGGAAGCAACAAGCUUGCCUUCUUUUUCCACCAAUCGGUCGCAUAUAUCUACUUUCAAAGCUAUACAGAUUCUCCUGUUUUGUAUGUUCAAAAGGAUAAUCUUAGUUUUGUUGUUGCAUAACUUGUCUUUGUACAUUCAUAUUAAUUUGUUAGUGUUGCAUGCGUAAUGCGUUUGUAGCUCUGCCCUGCGUAAUUAAAUGGUUGUAGACUUGAUAGAAA